GGUUGCCUAGCAAGUUUCACAUCCACGGUGCAAAGUUUGAAGACGUGUGGCUCGGCUGCUGUUUGUGUUGUAAACUACAAACCCACAACAACUAUUUUCUAACACACAUUUCCCCGUCGAGGUCCAGGUGGCAACACAGACGGUGCAAGAUGUCCGUCGCAGGAUUUAAGAAGCAGUUUUACAAAGCUAGCCAGCUGAUGAGUGAGAAGGUUGGAGGUGCAGAGGGAACCAAACUGGAUGAAGACUUUAAGGAACUCGAGAAGAGAGCCGAUAUUACCAGCAAAGCAGUGGUGGAAGUCAUCAAUAAGACAUCAGAGUACCUCCAGCCCAACCCUGCAACGAGAGCCAAACUUUCUAUGCUCAACACUGUGUCAAAAAUCCGCGGACAGGUGAAUAGUCCAGGCUACCCCCAGCCUGAGGGCCUCCUGGGAGAGUGCAUGACUAAGUAUGGACGGGAUAUGGGCGAAGACACCAACUUUGGUGGGGCUCUAAUAGACAUAGGGGAGUCAAUGAAGAGGCUGGCGGAGGUCAAGGACUCUCUGGAUAUUGAUGUGAAGCAGAACUUUAUUGACCCACUGCAGGCAGUCGCUGAGAAGGAUAUCAAAGACAUUCAGCACCACCUGAAGAAGCUGGAGGGCCGCCGGCUGGACUAUGAUUAUAAAAAGAAACGCCAAGGUAAAAUUCAAGAUGAAGAGAUCAGGCAGGCCCUGGAGAAGUUCCAUGAGUCCAAAGAGUUGGCUGAGAGCUCCAUGCACAACCUACUGGAAACAGAUGUGGAGCAGGUGAGUCAGCUGUCCUCUUUUGUGGAGUCUAUGCUGCAGUACCACAGACAGGCCACUCAGAUCCUGGAGGAGCUUUCUGACAAUUUGAGGGAAAGGGUGAAUGACGCUCAGAACCGUCCUAGGCGUGAAUACACACCCAAACCCAGACCAGCAUUUGACUUUGGGGAGGCAGAACAGUCCAAUGGAGGAUACUCACCUGCGGCAACAAGCCCUUCAGCUUACUCUCACGCCCCAGCACAAUAUCAAGGUCCAUCCGUCCAAAGAAACUCCAUCAAGAGCAGGCGGCCCGAGCCAUGCUGUAAAGCCCUGUAUGACUUUGAGCCAGAGAACGACGGAGAGCUGGGCUUCCACGAGGGCGACGUCAUCACCUUGGUCAGUCAGAUUGAUGAGAACUGGUUCGAGGGAAGCCUUCGCGGAAAAUCAGGAUAUUUCCCCAACAACUAUGUUGAAGUGAUAGUGCCUCUAUCCCGCUGAAGGCAGCAGAGGGAGACAGCAGGGGAUGGUGGGGGGGAUAUAGAGGAUUGUCGACUCACAACAACCAAAAGAAAUCUUUCGUUCAUUGUAAUUAAAGAGUACACAUCUCAAGACAGGGAUCUAAUUAUUUGUAUCGAGGAGUUAUUUGAGCAAAGCUUUUAUUCAUUCUAUCAAGAUUGAAUGGAUUUUUAAAAACAGUAAAGAUGGAGGGAUUUUCAGUCAGAAAAAUGAUGACCUAAUGUCUCGGUGCAGUUACCAUAUCUUCAGUCUUUAUAUUCAUUCUGUAUGCACCUGUGCACUUUGUACACUACACCUCCAUCACCAGGACUGAUGACAAAACAAUCAAGGGAGAAUGACAUUUUUAAUAACAUGUCCAGCAGUAUCCACGAACACUAAGAAGUGCAACUACUUUAUUCUUAUAUUCUUAUCCUGAUUUAUAUUCACAGUAUGACAUGUAUUGUUCAUAUUGGUACUACAUAGAUGUAUGUAUACACAUGCAUUUUUCUAAGCACUGUUUUCUACACUCCCAUUUCUCACCUCUGUGCCUUUAGGCUUUUGUACUGUUGUCAUCAUGGACUCAUAGGAGUCAACAUGGAGGACUGGCUGCCUUUUGUCGAUAUUUAAAACUAUCCACCACUGCCACCUUGUGGUGCUAUAGAGGACUCUUUGCUAAUGUUUUGAGUGGCACUGUAAUAUGGCCUCUGUUAUCUCUUACCAAUCCAUGUUGGGUGGCCUGUCUUAGGUUUUAGGCAUAUCUAUAUAUUCAGAAAUAGCUAGAGCUACUCCGUAGAUAUAGUUAAAUAAUGUUAGGAACCAGACUGCAGUUUGUAAUGGUAAUUGCAGUUUUACAAACACUAAGUUUAUUCGCGACCAAAAAGUUAUUUAAGGAUUUAUAUCUAAAGGGCUGCAGGGAUCCAUAAAUACACUUGUUUUUUUAUUACAAACAUAACACUAAUUUUUGCUAAGUUAGCUUAUCUACAGCUCUACCAUUGUUUUUCAAUGCACACCACGUUCUUGUCCCUCGUAAUUGAUGCCAAAGAAAGGUUGCACAGGGUCUCAAAUUGCCUGUUUGUCUUAAUGUUUGUCACUAAAAAAACAUGUAUUCCAUACAGCCUUAUGUGCACAAUGCUGCAAAAUUUAUAAUAUUUCAUAUUUGAGAUCUUUAUUUGUAAACAUGUUCCCCUUUUUGUACUUCACAGAAGCAGAUUUGUUUCCAUUACAGUGCAGCUCACAGUAAUGCAACAUGCUAUUCCCCCACCCAAAAUAAUUUGCAGCCUUACACCAAAGCCAUAAGGAUACAUCCUGUAGUUCCUCUAUUUUCUCAGGCUCUAGAGAUACUGCUGGCGGUGUCACUCACAAUGUUUUGUGGGCUUUUAUCCAACUGUUUGUCAAUGAAUUUUCAGUCUGUCAUUUGUUUUCGCCCUCGGCGCUGGGAUAAGCUUGGCUUUUGUAUUCUAACCUAUAAUUUGGAGCAUGGAAAUUAAUCUGAUGUGUAUUGGAUGUUUUUGAACCUGCCUCAGUUUUCAGGCUGAAACUGUGCACCAGACCUGACAGAAAAUGCUAGCUCCCAACUAUUGUGUUGAAAAUUCACUAAUAAUGUGGAAGGUCUUUACACAAUGGCUGGUUUCAGUUUCAUUUAAGCCUGUUACAAGCAGACUAUGAACUGUGAGGGUUUGUGCUGUUCACUAAAAUGCCAACUUUCUCCUCUUGUCAUGAUCCCCUUGUUAGACCGCCCCUGCCCCACUCAUCUAUCCCAUCUCUAUUUAAACUGGGAGUGGAACAGACAGGUCUUUUCUGCAGGGAAGGGCACACAGCAGUGGAUUAUGCCCUCCCUCCCCCACUAGUCUUUAUUCACCACCUGCCCCUGUACCCCUACCCCCUUUCUCAUUAUCUGCUCCAUCCCAAUCCCAUGGUGCCUCUGGAGCUUGGUCUCCUGGUCCACCCCUGGAAUAAUCUCAUUGUUAUCAUAGUAUGUGCCUCUUAAUGUUAUGUUUGCAUGUCUACUAUGUUAUUCAUUUUAUGUAUAGAGCCAAGGGGUUUGGCUGUGCUGAGUAAUAACUUUGAGGUUCAGGUGUGGGUUUACAUGCCUCAUUACACCAAAUCAAAAGCCCGGAGUUUGAGAGGGGAAAGGAGGGUCAGGGGCUCAGGUUGAGCUAUUAUGCAGCAUGUAUAAUAUUGAUGAUGAUUAAUGUCAUGGAACAAAGGGCUGAGAUCAAUUUUUGUGCGCUGCUGCCGCCGUCGCAGCUGAAAUAGUUGUCCGACUCUGCAGCGGCUGACAUUUAUUGCAGCGCCACAUUCUGUGGUGGUUUGUUUUGCAUCCAUAUCCAAACGUGACCCAACUUUGUAAUAUUAAUGAAUGAAGUAUUAUCAGCCUUAAAAGCUUUACUUUUAUUAUGCACAAUGUUAAUGGAAUUUUCUGUGUUAAAAUGUAACCGCUCUGCAUGUGUCUUCAUUACAGCUUCUCUGUCUUACGCAAUGCCUUAUUUCUGUAACUGUGACACUGGGGGACACUAAAAGUGGGAUUAUCCUGGAUUAUCUUUAGGAUACUUACCUCUAUACUAAGUAUAAUCUUAUGUGUAUUGUAUAUUUUUGUUAUUAUGUAAAGGGGACUGGAUGCUGUUUAUUUGCUUCUUCAAAUAAAUGUUAAGUAAUUUGGA